UUAUACAGUAGUGUAUAUCCAAAUUUGACUCAAUAAAGUGGUUUAAGCUGAUCAGUGACAUUAUAUAUAGUGUGGGCUGCAUUGCCCAAACCUACCACUUGUGGAACACAGCUUGAAUUAUGAGUACAGUGCUUGACAACUCACAUUGUUGCUGAAGUUUACUUGGAAUUCCCACGUUGCUCCUGGUACUUUCAUUGUAAUUUCAAAAGCAAUACAGCCAGCAAGAUGAUGGCCGAUGGGCAGAAGAUCGGGGAUGGGUCAUGGGAGCUACACGUCCAUGUCACAGAUUUGCAAGUGGAAAGAAUCCUCAGAGUGAAGAGUGAUCUGCACAUAGGUGGCGUUAUGCUCCGUCUUGUUGAGGAAUUAGAUAUUGCCAUCGAUUGGUCAGAUCAUGCACUAUGGUGGCCCAAGAAGAACAUGUGGCUGACACACACACGCUCCACUCUGGAUCAGUAUGGAGUGGGAGCUGCAGCACAACUGGAGUUCACACCCAUGCACAAGCCUCUCCGAGUCCAGCUUCCUGAUCUCCGUUACAUGGACUUCAGAGUGGAUUUCUCAAAGAAGACAUUUAAUGCUGUUGUUCAGCUCUGUAAAGAAAUUGGUGUUCGAUAUCCAGAGGAACUAUCUUUCUGUAAGCCCCUGACUCCAGAAGACCUGAAGCAUAAUUACUCUGAGAAACAGAUGAAGAAAAAGAGCACGGCUGCGGUGAAGAAUGGCACUCCGGCUGAUACAAAUUCAUUCGUUGCCAACAAGUACCAUAACUCCAGUAAUGGAUCCUUGGAUCGCUCAGCAGCAUCCCACCACUCGCCUAACAAGACUCCUAUAAGCUCUCCGGGUGGAACAUGGAGAUUCAACAGCAAUGGUGUGGGAAGCCACAACAGCACCAUGGACAGCAUUGAUGGAGCUGAUGAUCUGAGCUCAUCUCUUGCCAACUCUCCGAUGCUUCCAUCAGAAGAGGCACGCAACUCGCUCCUUCGCCCUAAAUCUCUCCUUGAAAGAGCUCGUAUAAAUGUUGGAUGGCUCGAUUCAUCGCUCUCAAUAAUGGAACAAGGUAUACGAGACUUUGAUACACUCUUACUUCGUUUCAAGUUUUUCUCCUUUUAUGAUUUAAACCCCAAAUAUGAUGCAGUCCGCAUUAACCUGAUCUUUGAACAGGCCAAGUGGGCCAUUAUGAAUGAAGAAAUUGAUUGUACUGAGGAGGAGAUGCUAAUGUUUGCUGCUCUUCAGCUGCAAGUAACACUUCAAGUAAAUCAGCCACAACCUGACAUUAACAGUGGCAACGAGGAUGAUAUUGACCGUGCCUUGAAUGAGCUACAGAUAUCCCUGGAAGGUUCCCAUGUGGCCUCAACUCCUGCUGAUAUUAUGCAUAUCCCAGAGCUGGCAGACUAUCUCAGAUUUAUGAAUUACCUGUACGCUCUAGGAAAAAGUUGUUGGAAGAAAUGGAAAAGGCGAUACUUUUGUCUAGUGCAAGUUUCCCAGUACACUUUUGCUAUGUGUAGCUACAGAGAGAAGAAGAGCGAACCCACAGAGAUGAUGCAACUAGAUGGUUACACAUUUGACUAUAUUGAACCAGUGUCAGGCUGUGCUCGCAUCCUGGAUGCUCAUGCUAAUGUAAAGGAUUUACCGCUACAGAUGCAAAAUUGCAAUACAGUCGUGCAUGGCAAGCUCUGCACCAGAGGGGGUUGGUGUGGAGGACCAAUGCCUGAAUAUAUGGCUGUGCAACGCAUCCUGGAAGCUCAUGCUAAUGUAAAGGAUUUACCGCUAACAGAUGCAAAAUUGCAAUACAUUCGUGCAUGGCAAGCUCUGCCAGAGUAUGGCAUUGCCCACUUCCUUGUCAAGCAUAUGGGACAUAAGAGAGAGGAGCUUCUGGGUGUUGCCUUCAACAGAAUAAUGAGGAUGGACCCUAACACAGGUGAUCACAUCAAGACUUGGCGCUACAACACCAUGAAGGCCUGGAAUGUGAACUGGGAAACUCGGCACAUGAUGAUCCAGUUUGAGGAAGAUAAUGUAGUGUUUUCAUGUCUGACUGCUGACUGUAAGGUUGUGCAUGAAUUCAUUGGUGGCUACAUCUUCCUCUCCAUGCGUACAAAAGAUGCCAAUCAGAAUCUCAACGAUGAACUGUUUCACAAAUUGACAGGUGGAUGGGUCUGAAGUGACAAGAAUUCAGUGACCUUCAAAUGAUUAUUUUAAUACAUUAAAGUUUCAGCAUACUAUGGCAGGAAUAUCUGUAGAACUGAAAUACGUAUUAUUGACUGAGAACACUCAGACUUAUUACUUUAAUAUCACCUUAAGUACAGUAUAAUUAUGUUAAUUAUUCAAGUUAAAAAAUAUAAUUUACUCAAAUUUCUUCCAUUGCCAUUUUAAUGGCUUGAAGAUUCUAAUGCUUCCAUAAAUAAUUACUCAUGGCAGUAGUACAUACAGUUACGAAAUAAAUUCAUUUGCUAUGAGGUAGUUAAGUAUAAAGAAAUUUAAACUGACUGUUUUUAUGAAUGUUGUUUAUGACACAUUAUGCAAAGUUAGUUCAUGUAUAAAUUUUGAAAGUUUAUUAAAAUGUUGAGAUCUUCCAUUUAAUAGCAAAGGCACUUUAUAAGAAGUGCAUAUAUCUUAUUACAAUGUAUUAAACUUUGUUUUCACAAAGAAUAUUCUUGGUACGUUACUUGUAGUGCAGUUUGAUCAUGUCAUUAUCACUAAUAAUGUGAGACUUACCACUUGAUUAGUUUAUCACCAGUAAUGUGUGAGUUAAUACUUUAUUAACAAAACUAUUAAUUUAUUUAAGUUUAGAUGUUGACACUUGGAACAUGAAUUUGAAACCAGACACAAAGUUAGGUAAAAUAUGGAUGAAUUUUAAAUCACAAAUGAAACUUUGUCCAAAAAAAAUACUAUAUAAGUGUUUUUACAUACAAAACAUUGUGCACAAGAACUAUAAAACAGAACAAAAAUUAAAUGGAGAGGCUCUAAUAAUAGCUUAAAUAUUUAGUUAUGAAAAUGACUGGAAAUCAUUUUUCCAAUGCUGAUGCAAUUACUUGAAUCUUAAGAGUUUUAUGUUUAGUUCAUGUAUUGUUUAUGGUAAGAUAUCAUGACAAGUGUAAUUAUGCUUAAUGGCUUCCAAUAUGUAUAAAGAUUACAUGUGUAACACUACAGAGAGUGAAGCAGUUUUAUAUACACAGGCAUGACUAUAAUUUGUAUUGUAUCUGUUGCUUGCUUAUACAAAGUAAUCAUAAAAGUAUUAGAAUGCUUAAUAUAUAUAGAUGCAGAGUUUAAGUAGUUAAAUUUUGUGGUAAAGUGACUAAGAUUACACAUUAUUAUUUUAAUAAAAUAUAGUCAUAUUAUGGAAGAUCAUUGUGUGAACAACUUGUAAUAUGGUGAAAGACAAGCAGUGUUAAAGAUUGUAAUUUUUAUUUAAAAUUUUUGAAAAUAUAGUUCAUGUUUUGAAUUACACAGCUUAUGCUUUUAAUUUAUUAAAUACGGUGAAUUCUCACAUAAUUCAAGGAUUAGGUUCCUGAAAUUGAUGAAUUAUGUAAUUUCACAUUAUGUAAUAUGACAAACAUGGGGAAAUAAGGUUAGAUUAUUAUAUUAUUGACAUUCCCCCCCCCCCCCCCCCCCAAGUCAAAUUUUAAAUUUCUAAAGUCAAAAAUAAUGAAGUUUUUGACACCUUACAAUGUAGAUGUUAUUGCUUAUUGAUCUAAAACUAUACAUCAUAUACCUAAAAAUAAAUUGACCUAUGUAAGGCCUGGGGAAGCUGGUAAUUGAAGUAGUGUACUGUUGUUUGGUCAUGGUGUUGUUUACAAAGAAACCAUAAAAGGCUAAUACAUUGCUAGUGACUAUUAUAAAUUUUCUACAAAAUCCUAUAAGUUUAAAAUAUACUAAAAUGUAGAAAGAGUUUUAGCUUGCCUUAAAUUCUCUGUUCCACUUGCUUGUUGAUAUUGAAGUGUUGGAAGAUGGUUAUACGCCUACUGUGUGGUAGAAGGCUGCAAAUUGUCUAUAUUUUAAGGUUUAUAGGGAGACUCUCACAGACUUUAGUAAGCCAGUCAGCAGCUGGCUUUCCUCAGGCUGUAGAAAUCUCUGAACAGAAAUAUUUUCAUACCUGAGUCACCUUUUUAAACCUUUCAGUUAAAGUAGAUAAAUAGUUCAGAGAACUAAUAAGUUGAUAAAUUAGACACAUUUGCAACAUCUUGAAAACGUUUUGCUAAACAAUGACUAUCAGUCCAUUAUGAAGAAGAAUGGUGAAGAUCAGAAGGAGUUUGAUGCAGUCAUUCCUACAGCCACUGUGGGGUGAAAAUAUUUCUAUAAUAAAGAUAUGUAAGUGUUACAUACGUGUCUGUUUUAUCAACUUUGAGUUAAAACUUUAUGGUAAUAUGAAAGAAAUGUGCACUUUAUGAGAGAAUUUACUGUAUAUAUAUAUAGAUAUAGUGUGAUCAAGCCUUGGCCAAGAUUGUUUAAGAAUCUUGCUCAGGAUUUUGUUGAAUUUGCACUAGAUCUCCUUAGGCUCAAAAUAGUAGACAAUCAUAAAAUAAAUAUAUGUAUACAAUAUAUAGUGUAUGUAUACAUUUUUAUAUAAUAUAAGGGAUGCCUCCUCUUAUGGUAACUUGGGAUCCAGUGAUCGAGGAUAGAACCACUGAUGGAAAUCCUCAAUACUCAGUCAGUUACAGUGGUUUAAUAACAUACAAAAUAUUGCAUAAAUUCUUGUGUCUUAUAUAGUAAUGGUGCAUUAUAGGAAUGGAAGGUUAAUGCUUGUUUAUAUGCUGUUUUAAAUUAAUAUCUUGUGAUUUGUGAAACUAAAUGGAUGUUGUAGAAUUUGAAAAGUAUUAAUGAAACUUAAUCUAGUAAUAAGUAGCUUAUCAAUAUGCAUUUUUCACUGGCAUUAAUGAACAUUGUUGUUUGAUUAAGGGAUGAACAUGAACAAAAAUUUGAGAAAAACAUAUAAGUUGACUGCAUAGUUUUAGUGGUCUUUAUUUAUUGUAAUUUAUUUGUAUUUUAGAUCAUCAUAUUCUACAAAACAUCAAAUUUUUGUCUGUACAAAUUAAAUCAUUACAGUUGUGCUUCUGUGUAUAAACCAGAAAUAGACACUUUGUGAUAAGAUGUAUGUAAAAGAUAAUGAUGCAUUUUUAAGCUUACUUUCAGUCCAGAUGUUUAGAAUAUGUCCUUAGUUGUAUAGUUUCCAUAAUAGAUUGUUCUCUGAGUUGUGUGAACCAUGCCGGACAGUGGUAUAUUUGGACGAGAUUACCAGGAUGAAAUCUGCGAUCAAUAAUGUCAGCCAAGUGCAGCCUUAUUAAUGGUGCCUACUUGAGCAUUUAAUGCUGAACUUGCUUGUAUUAUACGGUAUCUGUGUACUGUAUUUCAAUAGGUUACUUUAUAAUUUGUAUUCAUACUCCCCCAUAAUCAUAACCUUUACAAAUGCAAGGGUUGUUAAUUUAGGAAUUUUGACCCACUUGUCUAACUUUUAAUCUUGCAAAAUCUUUUUGGUGUAAAUCUAUAAUUCUGAGUAAAGUUACGAGAAAGAGAGAGAGGGAGUGAGAAGUUUUGUCCGAGGCUACCAAGAGAUGUUCAGAAUGCCACUUGAUGCACAUCCUUCAUACAUUUUUAACAAUUAUGCUCCUCUACAUUUUUUUAACGCAGGACUUGAUAUCAUUAGUUGAACUCUCUUGAUAUGGUGUAUAAUAUAGAUGAUUUAAUGUUUUAAUAAUUUCUUGCCCCUUUUUUUAUUUCUUAACUUGCAUUUUUUUAUUAAAUAAAUUUUUAUCUUUUAGAUCUGUGAGGUAUAUAUAAAAUGCUGCAGUAUUAACUAAUCAGGCAGUAUGUCAAUCAUUCCACUCAUCUUUGGAAACUCUUGGGUUGUGAAUCAACCUUCCUGUCUCUCUUCUAUUAAUACAUCUGCAAUUUUAAUGCAUACAUUGGACCCUCAAAUAUCAAACUUUGUUCGUUCCAGACGGCUGUUUGAGUGCCGUUACCGAACAAAUUUAUUCCCAUCAGGAAUAGUGUAAAUUAGAUUAGUUUAUUUCAGACCCUCAAAAAAAAACACUUUGAAAAAUACACUUAGAUAAUUGGUUGAGUUGGGAGCAGUUUGAUAUUUGAGGUUCCACUGUAUAUACAUUUUUUCUUAUGUGUGAAUCUAGGUGCUAUCAAAUUACUAUCCAUUAAUUAUAUCAAAACCAGGUUUCAUAUAAUUGCUUGGACACUGUAAAAGAAGUUUAGCAGCCAUAUAAAUAUUAUUUUAGAAAUACGAAAUUUACUCUAUUAUUGCACAAGGUGUAACAUUCGUUUUGUGGUAUUUGUACACGAGGAAUAGUAAAUGAAUGAAAUGGGAGGACAAAGCAAGAGCAGUUGAUACCGAGCUGGGUCCAUCUCCCAGAUACUUGGGAGACGGUUAGUAUCGCUAUAGACUCAUUACAGAAGCAGGUGAAUGGUAAUGAUGCACAUGUUAUUAUGAUAUGAAAUUAUCCCUAGCUCCUUGUAGCUCAUGUUCAUACUGAAUUGAAAUUCUUUGGAAGAUUUUUAAAGUGCUGGGAGAGUAUUCUUGACAGUUUCUUUGUGUGAGAAAUAUAAGCAUAAUGCUGUUAUAUUGAGCAAUUUUAAAAACUUUGUACAUUACCUAAUCCUGUUAUGCAUAUCUUUGGAUUUUUUUUUUAUCUUUGACAUGAAAGACUUGCAUGUUCAUAUUAUAGUUCAACAACAAAUUAGUUUCUCACGUUCUGUAACAAUAUUAACGUGAUUUUGACGUACACUGUCACGACUAAGGCAGUUCCUCGUUCUUUAGUGAUAAUUUGUAUUACUCUGUUCCUCUAAAGUAUAUAGAACACACCUAAUGGCUUUAUAUUGUGCAAGACUCUUAAAGAAGAGCCAGAUGACUGUCUAGCUACAUUGUAUAUUUACCUCAGUAAUAUAUUGUAGUUUUGAAUCAAAGCUGUAGUUUUUGGAAUUCUGAUAUAAAUUUCGAAGUUGAAAUUUUUUCUAAAAUUCAGUAUUUUUUGAAGAAAAGACUUCUUUCCUAAAUUUAAUUUGCCUGAAAAUGUAUUUGAAUUUGUGAAAAUAUGAGGUGGUGUUUGAUAUAUCUUAGUGUUUUGGAAUGUAUAAUAAUUUGAACAUGCAUGUAUACACAUCAGUCAGAAUAUAAGAUUACUGUUUUUAAUACCUCAGUCUAUAUUUUUACUGUCAAUCCAAUUUAAAGAGUUAGUUCAUGUUUCACUGAGGAAACUUAGUCAAUCUAAAAGAAAACCUCAAUUUUUCCUUCUUCAUAUUUCAUAGAAACCAUUACUAUACCUUACUAAUGUGACAAAUAUAUACCUGUUUCAAUCCCUUUCCUAGUCUCUCAUUUUUAUUAUUCAUAUCAAUGUAAAUAGGCAGAAUGUUUGACAAUCUGUAAAUACUAUUUUUAUUUUAAGUUUUGCUCAUUUUAUCAGCUUACACUGGGCUUCUCUACUUCCAUGAAUGUCUUCACCAUAGUGAUGUAAGUGGUCCUUGUACCAGGGAAGAUCAUUGCUAAUGAAUUUACCAAAUACAUGUGAUUCCUAGA